UUAUGACGUCAUUAAUGGCCGCUCUUUUGUUUUGAUCCCAAGAAAAAGGAUACGACUUCAACGUUUUGCGGAUUACUAUCCUUUGAAACUACUGUGUCUUCUGCAUAUAUUGUCAUUUGUAUUCAAGGAAUCGUUGUAAGUAUUUAGGAUAAUAUAUUGUUUAAGUACUGGUUGUUGCCGAUAUGAUGGAAGAGACAUCAUCAGAUGAACAGCCAGAAAUGGUAACACGAGAGGAAGUAGAACAAGCGGAAAAAGAGGCUAAUGCUCAAUCACCACCAGAUGGACGCACCAGUUUUCCUGCUCCCAAACCAUUACCAUCAUUUUUCCCAAAUUCGUAUACAACUAAUACACCAUCAAGGACAUCGGUGGAAGAAGAUUCAAUGCAAAGUGGAAACAGUAGACAAGAAAGUGCUUCUACACAAUCUGAAAGUAAAAGUAGAGUUGCUUCCCUUUCUUCAGUUAAUCGUAAGAGAGCACAUAUGGAUGAUGACAGUAUGAGUUCAACAUAUCAAACUAGUAGUCUGUUAUCAUGGAUUUCUGGAAACAGUUUGGUAUCAAAAGUUGUAGAAAAAACUAAGAGUUCUGUAGAAAGUGUUAUCACAACAUUAGAUCCUGGUAUGAAAGAAGUUAUACGAACUGGUGGUGAUAUCAAUAUAGUUGUAACAUCUUGUAAAGACAGUAAAUUAGGGGCAGUAAGAGAAGCUUUUCAACAAGUAUUUGGUCUAGCAACAGUCACAGGACAGGAAAGUGAAUCUGGAACGGCAGCACAGCCAGUUGGUUAUACAGCUGGUUUAAAGGGAGCUGAGGAGCGGAUACAACAUCUACGUCGUAGUAGCACAAUCAGUGAUGAGCAGGUGUCAGUCUCAAUAGAAGGUUUUAUUGUUGAACUACUACCUGAUAAGUGGUAUGAAAUGAGUUGUAUUGUUUUACAAGAUCCUGUUAAUCACAUUGAUCUGCAGACGUUCUCCCAGCCUACACCAAUUCCAACACAAUAUAUCCACUCUGCCCAGGAUCAAACCCCAUCUGAUUAUCCUCUACGAUGGGCUGGACUUUCAGUCAGCAUAGGUCAAGUUAUUGAACAAGCCAAUCCCCACAUAGGACAUGUGGACUGGCAAAGGGCUCUUGUAGGAGUUGAUCGACGUGAAUCUCUGGUCCUUGCCUUGCGCUCCAUGGCGUACCUAUAUUCUCAAAAGCUCCCAACAUCAAUGAUCUCCUGAUGACAUCACACAAGCGGAAAAUGAUGACAUGUUCUCUUAUAUUCCUUGUGCUUUCAUGACAUUGUCUGGUCAGGUUUUACAGGAUUUGAUGAUAUAGUUAAUUAUCAGAUAAUUAAUUAUUUGAGAAAUAAUUACUUUUGAUGAAAAUAUUAUUGGUUGAUAAUACUAACAUCAUUAUAAAUUGGGGAACCGGUAUAUUGAUGACAUCAUAAAUUUAGUCCCUAGUUAUUUAUGUAAUCAUCAGUUUAAGUAUCCAUAUUAAUGAUGAUAUCAUGAAUUACCUAUGUUUUGUUUACAUUUAUGGAUUAAUGUAUCAAAUGCAUGCAUUUAAAACUUUGUGUAAGUUAUCACCCCAGGAACAAAUUGUAUAUUUGGGGAAUAAAACUCUAAUUUGAAUGCUCAUUACAAUUUAUGUGCUGUGAAUAUUCCACAGUCAUAUUUCAGGCUUUACAUGACACUAAUAAUACUGAUUACACUGUUCUAGUCUUUUAAGCGGCGUUUACACAAUACAGCCAAUCCAUACAACCGUCGGGUGCAAUAUAUUGGACAACUAUUUACAUCUAUUCGUUAUAUGGCAACAUUAGUUCCCUCUUAGCUACUAAAUAAAAUGGAAGCAAUAGACUUCAAGGCGACACUUUUCAUCACUGUCUUGGUCUAGUUUUGAUGCUGCAGGUUUCACAAGUCCCCGAGUUAUUAGAUAUUCUAAUUUAGUAGCGGAUAAGUUUAGAGGACUCGAAGAAGACAUAUUUAAUAAAUAUUAGCAGGAAUUCUGGUUGCCAGGUCAGAUAUGACGUCUAAUAUAAAGCAAUUUGAUUGGCUUUGCAUCAAUCCGUCAUUUGAGAAUAGAACUAGUCCUAUCCAUACAAGUUACAACAAGCUGUACACCUGACCAUUUGUCUGGGGUAAACUCGGCUUUAGUAUUAUAUAUAUAUUGAAAUUGGCAGGAAUAACAUAUAAAUAUUUACAGUUAUAGCAAAAUUAUCAAUAAGUUGAUGUUAUUUGAAAUUAUGGGGAUGGGUUUUGGUAAGAAUGGUGUCUUUAUUAAUAAAAGAACUGUUUAUUGGGCUUCAACAUUAUAGAUUGAAAUGUUAUUUGAUUAUUUCUUGGCAACUAGACUUUUAGCACUAAACUAUAACACAUUAUGGCAAACAGCUACUAAUUUAUUUGGGCAUGGUUUCAAAGAGAAUUCAAGCUAAUACAGUAAUACAAAUUGUGAUUCAUAUAUAUUCGUAGCUGUUUUUCAUAAGUAUGUGUUACGGUUUAUUGCUCUAUUCCAGAUAGUAAAUGCCUCUAAAAGCUUAUGGACUUUCAACAGUGUGUUAAUUGUGGUCUGAUUUAUUCAAAAACAUAGUAACCCAUUAUAUAAUAUAAUUUAGAAGUUUCUCUAUGUAUGAUUUAGUUCCUUUAAAACCCCUUUAAACAUGUUUCAUACUAAACUUUAAGAACUUAGCGAUUAUGGGCAUAGUAGAUGAUUUCCAAUUUGAGAUAAAAGUGGAUUUGAUGCAAUAAAUUGAUAUUUAUUAUACCAUCAAGUUUAUUUGCCCAGGCUAUAUAUUUCUGAUAACUUUAUUUAUUAAUCUUAUGUUGAAGAGACAAUUGUAUGAACUUUACUCUGUAAAAUAAUGUAUGAAAACUGUUUUUCUUGUGACUAUGAGAUUAUAACAUAUAUAAAAGGGAGCUACUUGGGCCAAAGUCAUUUUUUCAGUAAAAGAUUUUCGGGCAUUCAGCCUUCUUUAAAUAUAUUUAUAUUAGAUAUCAUGGUGCCAGUAAAUUGUAUUGAAAUUUGUUUAUUUGGAAUAUUAUUAUGACAUUUUAGUUACACUGUCAACAAAGGGUGCUUUUCACAACCUUCUUGGUAGUGACAAGCCUCGGUGUUUAUUUUCUGUAAAUAGACUACAUUUGGGAAAUAUAAAAUGAAAAACUUC